CCUCUGAUAAUUUUUCAAAAAAGCAGGCAAGAAAAUAUCAAAGGCAUUGAACAGAGCUACAGAAAUGAAGAACGCAAGGACUUGUUGCUCUGUUUUGAUCGCGUUGUCCUUAAUAUUCCUCUUUGCCUCGUCGGUGAUCGCAGACGACGUCGUUGUGCUCAACGAGGACAACUUCGACAAGGAGGUCGGUCAAGAUCGCGACGCUCUCGUCGAGUUCUACGCUCCCUGGUGUGGGCAUUGUAAAAAGCUUGCUCCAGAGUAUGAGAAGCUUGGUUCAAGUUUCAAGAAAGCAAAGACUGUACUGAUUGGAAAGGUUGACUGUGAUUCACACAAGAGCGUAUGCUCUAAAUAUGGGGUUUCUGGAUAUCCCACAAUUAAAUGGUUUCCAAAAGGAUCUCUAGAACCAAAGAAGUAUGAAGGUGCUCGUAAUGCAGAAGCCCUAGCUGAGUUUGUGAAUAAGGAAGGAGGGACCAAUGUGAAGAUAGCCGCAAUCCCAUCCAAUGUAGUGGUACUAACAGCAGACAAUUUUGACAAGGUUGUCCUAGAUGAAACUAAAGAUGUUCUGGUUGAGUUCUAUGCACCCUGGUGUGGCCAUUGCAAAGCCCUUGCUCCGAUUUAUGAAAAGGUUGCAACAGCAUUUAAAUUGGAGGAAGAUGUAGUGAUUGCUAAUCUUGAUGCUGAUAACUACAAGGAUUUGGGUGAAAAGUAUGGUGUGAGUGGAUAUCCCACAUUGAAGUUUUUCCCCAAGAGCAACAAAGCUGGCGAAGGUUAUGAUGGUGGCCGAGAUUUAGAUGACUUUGUAAAUUUUAUCAACGAGAAAUGUGGCACUAGUCGUGAUGGGAAAGGACAAUAUACAUCCAAAGCUGGUAUAGUUGCAAGUUUGGAUGAACUGGUGAAGGAAUUUGUGAGUGCUGGAAAUGAAGAGAAGAAGGCAGUAUUUGCUCGCAUAGAAGAAGAGGUUGAGAAGCUUGAGGGUUCAACUGCCAGAUAUGGCAAGAUCUAUUUGAAAACUUCCAAGAACUUUAUGGAGAAAGGAGCAGAUUAUGCCAAGAAUGAAAUUCAGCGACUUGAGCGCAUACUUGAGAAGUCUGUCAGCCCAGCAAAGGCAGAGGAGUUCACCCUCAAGAAGAAUAUCCUGUCCACCUUUGCUUGAUCCUCAGGAGUCCCAAGAGAGGAGUCACAUCUUUCAGUUUUGCUUGGAGGUAUCAGCAACCCAGUUCCUGGGGUUUCUAUUUUCAAAAUUUUUGAGCUUGGGAAAUUUAACUUUUUUUUUAGUGUACUCUAAACGCAUAUCCUUAUCUUCAAAUUUUGCACUUUUUGAAGUUAUUAUGGUAGAAGAGAAGGAAAGGUUAGCUAGCAUAUGAUUCACACUAAUAUGUAGUUUUUGUUUUUGUAUUCAGAAUCGGAUUUUCAUAAGCCCCUUUGGCAUAUAACGAGGCAUAUAUUAACUGU